AUGAAUUCCCAGGGAAUCACUCGCAAAAGGCCAGCGCCUGGCACCACCCCCGCGGUGCAUCCCCAGAUGGGUGCCGUUCCGAACUUCCAGAAUCCCAAUCCCAAUUCGCAACUCUCCAAUGACCAGUUCCUGCAAUGGGGCCAAAACCCUCCCGCAAAUGUCGCCAAUACCUCCUAUGUUGAUCCCUCUGCCUACAACUCCGCCGCAUAUGGGUCAAACCAAGACCUGUCUGGCCCGGCAGCCACUACCUCCAACCAGUUGACCCGCCGAACUCCGGCCAACCAGCUGGUUAGCCGCAACCGUGGCUACGAACAGGCACCUGUGACCUACUCGGACAACAGUGCUGGCGCAGGCACAGGGGAGGGCGCAUGGGGAGAAUCAAUCGAGGAACUCUACAAACGGGCUCUGGCCGCCAAGAGGGAGGCGCAAUCAAAGCGAAAGCAGAUUCCGCCCUUUGUGCAAAAGUUGAGCAGUUUCCUUGAUGAAUCUAAAAACACAGAGCUGAUCCGAUGGUCCGACGAUGGCAAUUCCUUCAUUGUCUUGGAUGAAGACGAGUUUGCCCGACGUUUGAUCCCAGAACUCUUCAAGCAUAACAACUACGCAUCCUUUGUCCGGCAGCUGAACAUGUACGGCUUCCAUAAGAAAGUGGGAUUAUCUGACAACUCCAUGCGUGCCAGUGAGCGCAAGAACAAAAGCCCCUCCGAAUACUCUAACCCUUAUUUCAAACGAGGCCACCCUGAGCUGCUUUGGUUGAUUUCGAAACCGAAAAAUGCAGCUGGCCAUGCAAGUAAGGGAAGCAAGGGUGGCGCACGUGUUAAGACUGAGGAUGCGGACGAGAAUGAGCUAGAUGACUAUGCUGAGGAUGGCGGACCUGGUGCUCACGACGACCGUGCACGGCAGCGCCCUCUGUCCUUGGUGACCGACUCGGAAAUGCCCAAGGAUCAGCUUGAAGGAAUUGUUCAGCAACUAAAGGCCAUUCGUGCACAGCAAUCGGUCAUCUCAACUCACAUUUCCAGUCUGCGCCGAGAGCAUGAGCAGCUCUCCGCGCAGGCGGCCACCUUCCAAGACCAACACACCCGACAUGAAAAUUCGAUCAAUGCCAUCCUCACCUUCCUGGCAACAGUGUACAACCGCAGCCUGCAGGGUCAAGAUGGAUCCCAGAACAUUGCCAACUCCUUUGCUGGUGCCAUUUCGGGUGACCACCAGGGCAACAUUGUUGAUAUGGGGGAUGACUUUUCCUUCAGCCCCUUGGCCUCGAUGACCAGCCCAACUGCACAACGGACAAUGAAGAAACAGCAAUUGCUGCUUAAAGCACCACCUUCUGCGAACGAUGGCAACCGGGCAACCACUCUAUCGCCUGCAGCCGGCGGGACCUAUGAGACUCGUUCCCGCAGUCAUACUCGUCAGCCAAGUGCUACACAGCAUGGACACGUGGAGGAGGUUCUCGAUAGUAGCCCCAGACAAGGCCCUACAAACCUGUCUCCUGGACAGCUGGACGAGAAAUACCCACAGAAGGAUAUCAUGUCCGUGAUCCAGAAUUCAAACGCGCGCAACGCCAGCCCAACCACCUUCUCUCAAUUCCCCGAUGUACUUUCUUCGCUCGAGAGAGGAGGCAAUGGCCCUCUCACUCCUGGUGUGCGUGCCGAUAUGCUUCGACUGAUGGCCAAUGAUACCGGCCACCACCAUGACUACUCGAACCGCCUUUCCAAUACCCGACAAGAGAUCGACAGUCUGGUCAAGUUGCAAGCCGAGCAGGACCGUUCCGUUCAGAACUUGACAAACCUCCUCCAACCUCUGAGUCCCACCGGUGCCAUCCCGGGGUUGGAUGGUGACGCAAACGCCCCGCCUCCAAUUGACCUGGAUCAGAUUUUCAAUAACGACUACUUCACUGAUCUUGGAGACACCUCGGGCGCUGACCCAAAGCACGACACAUCUACUCUUGAUUUCGGAACCGGUGCCAAUGCCCACGAUAACAUUCCUACUACUACCCAAGCGGAUACCGGCGACACCAACGAUCUCCUUGACUUUGGCCAUAUGCCGGGCGAUGACGAUCUCUUCAGCAGCAACCAGGGAGCAAACCACUCUUCAUACAACUACGGCUUCGACGGCACGGGCUACGGAGCGGACGCGGGAUCUGGAAACUUCGACUCCGGCCGGGUCGUCGAACAACUGACUGAUAGCGAGGCUACCAGCCCUGCAACCGCUGAGGAUCCUUCUGCUGAACCCGACGACGGUGGCAGCGCUGCUAAACGGCGCCGAAAGGCAUGA